AUGCUCAGAACACUCUUCAUCACCGUCUGCACUGUGUUCCUGGUUACUAACAGUGUUGGAGCUAAGCCAAAUGGACAGAAGAAUAAGAAACAAAAACAAGUGGUGCCAGCUAUAGAAUGUGAUGUGCGGGCAGGGAAAAUCAACCUCCCAGAAUUCAUUGCAAAGUGUCCUGCUAAUUGCCGGGAGACUAAGCAUCGCGUAUAUGGGACCAGUGUUUAUGCAUCCAUUUCCAGCAUCUGCAAUGCUGCCAUCCACAGCGGAGUCAUCUCUAAUACAGGAGGGAAGGUCAUUGUGAAGAAGAUGGCCGGACAGGCCACCUACAAGGGAAGCUUCUCAAAUGGAGUCCGAUCACUGUCCCUGCCCAACUGGAGGGAGUCUUUCUCAGUUGCCGUUGGAAAGCCAAAGAAAGGAGUGAUCUACCCUUCAACUUUGGAUUUCACUCCAACCAGACCCACCGCAGUGAAAACAGGUCAGAAGGAAGCCAAAGCUCCGCCAACCUCUACGGUUUUGCCAACGACAGCAGCCCUUGAGCCAACCACAGCAACUACACCAGAGCCAACCACCACAACCAUGGCUCCAACCACGCCCAUGACCACACCCUCCACCACGACCUCUGCUCCCAUCACCAUGGCCAAGGCGCGUGCUGCUGUCCCCAAAGUCAGGGAUGCAGGCAGCAGUCACCCAUACCUUGCUGCAGUAGCUGCAGCGAAUUCACGGCAAGCGCAGAGCGGUCAAGGAAAGGGUCUUCCUCAAGCAUUCAGAGGCGGUUCCACCUAUGCGAGUAGAUUUGUACCCCGCACCAACACAGGUGUGCGCAGGCCAGAGGCAGGCUCAGCCAUCAGGAGGCAACCGGCAGGUCCCUCGGGGUCAGCUUUCAGUCGGAUGCAGCCAGCCCAACCUGAGAGGAACCAGCAGAUGGUUCAGUCCAACCCCACUUUUGCUAGAAGGGACUGGCCACCCCCUCCCUAUGUACGUCCUGAUUGGUUCUCUGGACCUAGGCGACCAACAGACAUAAGCCACUCUGUCCCUGAUUCAGGCUACACAUGGAGUGAUAUGGACUCUGCAGAUACUGCAGCACGGGAUCACAGACCUGAUAUCACAGAGUAUGAACGAUGGUAUUACAACUUUGGACCGUACCCUCCCCGGUCAACAGAGCUAGACAGCAGCCGUAAAAUGAUGCCAGACACAACCAAUACCAGAGUGGAGCCAAUGGAUGUGUGGAAGCCUGAGUCGAAUCCCUUUGAUGCAGACUUUAGUAUGCGAGAGCAAGACUCACUUCCACCUCCUAGAGUGCCGGAACCAGUCUCUCAAGGAGAUCCAAACUGUAAGGUUGACAUCGCCUUCCUCAUGGAUGGAAGCUGGAGCAUUGGGAAACGUCGCUUUAAAAUUCAGAAAGAUUUUCUUUCAGAAGUUGCCCAGGUCUUAAAUGUUGGUGUGGCAGGGCCCAUGAUGGGAAUCAUUCAGUAUGGAGAUGACCCUGUGACAGAAUUCAGUCUUAGGGCCUUCUCUAGCUCCAAGGACCUGAAACCUGCAAUAGACAAAAUCGUCCAGAAGGGGGGGCUCUCUAAUGUGGGGAAAGCCCUCUCCUACAUCAACAAGCAAUACUUCAGUGAUGCUAAUGGUAACCGUGGAGGAGCCCCAAAUGUAGCUGUGGUCUUGGUGGAUGGCUGGCCCACGGAUAAAGUUGAGGAGGCUUCUCGGCUCGCCAGGGAGUCUGGUAUCAACAUCUUCUUUGUCACCAUAGAAGGUCCAGAUGACAAUGAGAAACAGAAUGUGGUGGAGCCCAAUUUUGUGGACAAGGCUGUUUGUCGGACCAGUGGCUUCUUCUCCCUGCCUGUGUCCAGCUGGUUUGCCCUCCGUAAGGCAGUGCAGCCACUGGUCAAACGUGUGUGUGACACGGACCGCCUGGUGUGUAGUAAGACCUGUCUGAAUGCCAAUGACAUUGCUUUCGUCAUUGACGGCUCAAGCAGCGUGGGCACCGGAAAUUUCCGCACCGUGCUUCAGUUUGUGGCCAAUGUCACUCGUGAGUUUGAGAUCUCUGACACGGACACACGUGUAGGCGCCGUGCAGUACACUUAUGAACAGCGUCUGGAGUUUGCCUUUGGCCAGUAUAACACUAAAACUGACCUACUAAAUGCCAUCAAACGCAUCAACUACUGGAGUGGAGGAACCAGUACAGGUGCAGCCAUAACAUACGCAGCUGAGCAACUAUUCAGCAAGUCCAAACCCAACAAACGCAAAAUUAUGAUCGUCAUCACCGAUGGUCGUUCCUAUGACGAUGUCCGAACUCCAGCGCUAGCUGUCCACAGUAAAGGUGUGAUUGCUUACUCCAUUGGCAUUGCCUGGGCAGCACAGGAUGAAUUAGAAUAUAUUGCCAGCGACCCUGAUAAAGAUCACUCCUUCUUUGUGGAUGAGUUUGACAACCUGUACAAAUAUGUGCCAAAGAUCAUUCACAACAUCUGCCAGGAGUUUAACUCUCAACCACGAAACUGA